UUUUAUUUAGUAGUUAGGGGCAAAUUAGCGUUGGAAUGGCUUCCUCUGCAAACCAUGCCGCUGAAUCUUUCAGUAAUCCAAACUGGAGUAAACAUUCCGUUGCUGUGGAGAGUGUGCAGGAGCUUUCACUGAAGAAACCCAAUGACAUUCCCCAGAGAUAUAUCAGAUCAGAAGAUGAAAGGCCGUUUUCAGCACCAUUUUCUUCUGUCUUGACAGUUCCUGUAAUCGACAUGGAAAAGCUUCUCUUGCCAUCUGACAACCAUCAAAGACAGAAGGAGAUGGGAAUUCUUUCAAAGGCCUGCAUAGAGUGGGGCUUCUUUCAGGUUGUGAACCAUGGAAUCCCGCAUUCUUUGAUAGAUCGCAUCAGAGGAGUGGCUAAUGAGUUCUUUAGUCUUUCCUUGGAUGAAAAGAAAAAGUGUGCUCCGCAAGCAGGAGAAGCUCAAGGCUAUGGUAAUAUGUUUGUGGUUGAUGAAAAUCAGACGUUGGACUGGGGGGACUUGAUGGCUUUGGUACUUAUGCCUAAAAAGCUUGUCAAUUUGGCUCUGUGGCCAACCACACCAUCGGAUUACAGAAAUAUGGUGGAGAUGUACACUGUUGAGGUAGAAAGGGUGGCUCAGAUGAUCCUAAAUCUAUUUGCUGAAAACUUACACUUAAAGAAUGAUUAUUUUAAAGAAAAUUUUGGGGAAGAUCCAAUGAUGACAAUGAGGAUGAAUUUGUAUCCACCUUGUCUUAGGCCUGAUCUAGUGUUGGGAUUAAGUCCUCAUUCAGAUGGAGGUGCCAUAACACUUUUGCUUCAAGAUGACCUAAUAGAAGGCCUUCAUAUCCGCAAGAAUAAUGAAUGGAUUCCUAUUCAACCCAUUUCUUAUGCACUUGUCGUAAACAUCGGUGACCUAAUAGAGGUGAUGACAAAUGGAAUCUACAAGAGUAUAGAGCAUCAAGCAGUGACAAACAAAGAGAAGACACGAUUAUCUAUUGCUAUGUUUUACCAACCAGGAUUGCAUGAUGAAGUGGCUCCUGCGCGCAACCUUGUAUAUGAAGAAAAACCAUCCUUAUAUAGGAAGUUUAAACAUCAAGAAUAUAUUCAUUAUUACAUGAAUAAACAACUUGAUGGGAAAAAAUCACUAGCUAACUUUGCCAAAAUAUGUGAAUAG